UUGCGCACGUCGCAAAAAUUAGUGCAUUAUUGGAGCAUUUGCGGCGCGUUUGUAGUGAUCAUUGUAAAGGGAUUUCACGCUUUUCAUGUUUGCCUUUAUUGUAGCGCAAUUUGUGUUUAAUGGAUGAACGCUUUAAUUAAAAAGACACGCUCUGAAGUUUAUGAUUGGUGAAAUUAUAUAAAAAAGCAGACCCAGCAUAGGAAAAAUGAAUUACCAACAAAAAAUAAUAGUAACUACAAAGUUUAUAACAGCGCCAUCUGUGAGAGAACGUCAGAAUGUUGGAAGCUAAGUUCUAGUUCAGCUACACGUCGUAAGAUGGCGUUAGUACUCUUGUUACUGAUCGUGAUAGGUACAACAAGAAGUGCAAGUACUCACGGAGAGAUGGCGCUGGCUAAUAUUACAAGGUUCGCCAAUGGAGACCUUUUUACUUUAGUUGGCACAGACUGCGGCCUAACCCGCUGCAUGGAGGUAUCUCACGGAACAGCCCUCGCGGCGAUGGGCAGCAAUGGUUGUACCUGCCAAUGUCGUAAGGACACACCCGCCUUCAGGGAGGACCGGAGGAGCUGUGUCAAUCAUAUUGACGAAUGCGCGAUGGCAAGCUUCGGCCGCGGCUCAAAGAAGCCACAGAUACCAUUCGUCUUUUUACCAUUGAAGGGACAGAUUAUCUACCCUUCGAAAGAAAUUGUGUUUACAGAUGUCGAAGACGCAGUAUGCGCAGUGACGAGCGCACAAUACCUUUCGUCAUCAGGAUGGGUCACUUUACGAGAUCUGGUAGACAAUGAUGUGCCGUUCGGAUUAUAUCGGGAUGAAGGCAGCACUUAUUUACAGUGGAAAGGUUCAACAAGUCUCCACGCGCGGCUGGAAGGCAGGCUGGUGGCAGCUCACGUGCUUUGUUCAGCGCCGCCGCCAGCACGGCUUGCUACUUCUUGCGCGGCAUUUAGAGUCGCGGGGGCCACUCAUAAUGCUCUUCUGGAUGUAAGAUCAAUACCAUUCCACGCUGGGGAGACAGUCACAACCGAGUCAGCAACACCAAGCCACGGUUUAAGUGUCCUAGAAUCUCUAGCCAUUGGAGUGUGUGUGCUAAUGUUAGUCUUUAUAUAUGCUGCUGGUAUUAUAUUCUACAUACAUUACAAGCAGAAACAAAAGAAAAAGCCUAACGAUCCAGAAAUGAACCAUUCCAAUUCCAGUGAAAAUGAUUCCACUUUGGACUCGAGAAUAAAUAUGGAUAGUAUGAGACUCAAAACAAACCCACUGAUGAAAUUGGAUAAUAUGAGAAAUGAUUACAUGAAUGACGCGGGUUUGUCCGAUGUUAGUGAACAAACUGAAGAUACCCUCGAGUCAUCGCCAUCACAGUAUCAUAAAGAAAGAAACUCCAGUAUUGUGUCUGCAGUAGUUCAUACGAAAAGAAAGAAACCAGUCAGACCAGCAAUAAGAGCAACUUCAACACCUGAAAGAUUAAAUGAACGGUUACAAAGGCGUUCUGCUUCUCCUGAAAUGGAAAAAGCGCCCCAUUCAGAUGUCUCCAUCUUGCACUGUAGUAUAGAGAAUAAUGAAGUUGAAAAUGUUCCUAACACACCUGACCAGGCACCGGUCGUAAGAAGAAAACUGUAUUUCAAUCCCGUAUUUUUUGAGACUGAACAUCUUAAGAAUCCUCCACCAGCCGCCAUUGACUUUCUUAAUAAACUUCGUGAAGUAAUGAUAAUUGCAAAAGAAAAGAUGACAUCAAAAAGAUUCAUACCAAACCUUUCGGAUAUACCAGAAGAAGAAUCAUAUCACACAAUUGACUUGGGAUGGGAUAUACCUUGUGCAAGACGUGGUCGUAGAUUUAGUGCCAUCAGUCUUAAGAGAGAAAAUAGUAGGAGGGCUAUUCAUUGUGGAGGAUGUCCUGGCUGUGACAAUAGUGUACAAAAAUCAUCAACGGGCUUAAUUCGAUCAAAUUCAUGCAAAACGUGUGUUAGUGAGGAUUACAAACAGAAAAUUGUACAAAAAUGGUUAGAAGAUGUACCAACUCCACCCGCAGCAAAUGUCAGACCCGCGAAAAUUGCUAAAGUGAGUGGAACUCCCAGAAUAACUGAACCAAAAGAAAAAGAGGAAAUGAGACUUAAUCCAGCUGAGCCAUUGCGUGAUGAAGAUUCUGAGACUUUAAUAAUCACUGAGUCAAUUUUAAAAGAAAUAAUAUAUGAUAGCAUUGGCAACUCUAUCAAUAACAAUGAUCAUAGACAACAUUUAGGACGGGAAAUAAAUAAUAAUUAUAACGUUGAUCAUAAUGAAAUAAAAAAUGAAAGUAAGGAGAAGAGAAUAUCUCUAAAUCAUGCAACAAGACGUGUCCGAAAGAAAUUACCGCCACCACCUCCACCACCAGAUGCGCAAGUUAUUGAUAAGCGUGAUGAACCUGAACCCGUUUUGCCAGAGGUCAAAAAGAACAUGGAAGCUGUUAUACGAGAAUUAAAUAAAUGCCACCGACCCGAAUCAGAAAACUUUAAUAAUAUUGAAACAGAAAAUCCACCUAAAAUUAUCAUUCCUGUAGUAGCAGCAGAUUCAGAAUUCUAUAACGAUACUAAUAAGUUUUCAGAAAUACGCAAAAAAGAGUUUUAUUUACAAAGAGAUGUUGAUAUUGACUAUGAUAGUUUAGAAAGGACAGUUAAACAAAGGAGAUUCUCUUUAGACUUUCCUUCAGAUUUACCAGAUAACGAUGAGAUUCCAUAUCAACAAAACCUAAAAACAUGUCGUGAAAGAUUAUCUCGAAGUUGGCGAGAUUUAAAAAAUGCAAUAGACACAAACUUUUCUUCAUUGCAGCAGUUGUCUGUAGAAUCUCCGGAAUCCAAGAAUAAUCUUUAUACUAAAGACAUAUUUGUUCACAGUGAUGAUACAAUUUAUAGCGAUAGACCAGGUCCCUUAACUAUUGAAGUACGUGGAUCUCCAAUUGAAGAAAGAAAGCCAGAGAUUGAAGAUUUUGAUCCUGAUACUCUGGAUCGAAAACCAAAGAAAUCUGUUGAGACAAAUGAAAAUAAAAAGUGUGUCGAAAAAAUAUUGCUGAAAUCUGGUGGCAGUUUUAAAAGCAAGGCAAAUUUACCAGAAAAACCAAAAGAAAAGACGCCACCUGAAGCAGCAUUUACCCGAAAAAUAGGUAGCUUAAGACAAAUUUACGAAGCUAAGAACAGAGCUCAAGAAAACAAAAUAGGAUCUUUUUACGAACGACGAGGUAGUGUAGAACUAGCAGGUUAUGCGAAAAAUGUUGAUCAAUCCCAAAGAAAAGAAAGCAAUGAACCAAUGUCUCCGACAAAUUCAAGGUUACAUAUAGCAGAUAAUAAAUCUAAAACAAGUUCCACACGCAACAGUCCACAGAGUGAAAGACAAAGGUCAUCUGAAGAAAGAGACAGAUUUUCAUCUCAGUCUCGAUCUGACAAUCUGAAUCCUCGCAAAUCUGUUAGACGUUCAGAUCGACCUCGAACACGUAGAGACUUAAAGAAAUUGAGCAAGACUGAAGAUUCUGGAUAUCUGAGCACAGAUUCAAACGAAUCGAAACGUCGAGCUAGAUAUCUUUUGCAAAUAAAACCUAAACUUAUCACACCUGAUGUUAUUGCUAAACCAGUACCUGCACUAAGCAAAGGCCUUCAAAUAGAAUCUGAUACAGAUGAAUUAGAGUCCUUAUGUGAUGGUAGAAGUGAAUCGGGAGGUGAAAGCGUAGAAACAGACUCAGUUUUCUUUGGAAAUUAUAACGAUUCCAAGAGAAUGUACGAAGAACUCGCAUUGGAGGAUGCAAAAAGAGAUAAAUUGACGCGAAGUCAAGAACAAAUAGACUCUGGUUUUGUUGGUGAAACGAAUUUAAUUUUAAGUGGUGAUAGUGAUUCAGAACACAAGAGUGUCAUAUCGAUAGUGACUGGCAGAGACGGUAGAGCAUCUGCUUCAUCAGUUUCUAAAUUAGAAGAUACGCCAUAUCGUAAAUCUUUAGAAUGUUAGUUAUUGUAAAUAAAGUGUUAUAAAAAGACUUCAUAAUUUAUGAGGUAAUUGUAAAUAUUGUGGUAAGAAAUGUAUGAAUUUAAAAAAUAGUUUUAGCCACCGAUUUUUACCUCAAUAAGGAAUAAGUGUUUGUACAGAUUUUAUUUCUUUGUGAAUUUUAUUGAACUGUUAUUUAAAGAGAAACUUGUAAAUAUAUUGUAUUUUAUAUUAUGUAAUAGGAUAUACGAAUAGCCAAAUAUUGAAAGAUUACUUUGCUGCAUAUGUAGUAGUAAUUUUAUUUUGCUGUAAAAUUGUAAUGAAAUCAUAUAAUAUUUUGUAGUAAAUAUUACAUUCCCUUGUUUAUUUCUCCGUUGUAAAAAUACAUUCUACAAAAGACACGAUUUUAUAAACUAAGACAAUAAAAAUUACAGUACCUACCUAAU